AUGCCGCCGCUAAUGAUUGCAUCCCACAGAUCGGGGAUCCCCGCUGCCCUCGCCUUUAACCUAUCUUCUCAGGCUGACCCGUGUAGCCACGCCGCUGCUCUGGUUCUAUCCGCCACGAGAUUGUCCGCCCCGGGAGCCCGUGUAAUUGUGGGUGCUCUCUGUAAGAAAAAGAGAGAAAUAGCCGCACCUGUACCUGAAAUUUCGGAUCCACAAGUCGUCUAUGGAGUUGAGCGGUUGAUUGCCACUUUUCAGGACUCCCAGUUGUGCUCGUACUUGCUCGAGAUGUCUUUCAGAAACUUCAACAACGUUAAGUAA